AUGAGGCGAUCGAACAGCACUCUGCCCGCCAGAGAUGCCUGUCGCGCCUGGUCGCAAUCUCAGCAGCAACGCCGCGUGCUGAGCUCGGCUGCAGUCUACCCUGGCUAUGCCUGGCUGGGUAGCAGCACAGCGUCCACGUCGGCCUCUGCUUCUUUGUCGCCUCUGUCCUUCUUAUACUCUUCUCCUGGAACUUCCACAAAGGCUGCUCGAUCAAGUCGUCCGCUUUUUGCUUUUGCCUACUCUACCUCGAAACCGCCAUAUCCACUUCCCGGCUCCAACAACGAGAUCGACCCUCGAGGCGUCGAUUACUCUCUCUUCGAGCCAGAGGACGAUAUAUAUACUAAGCAUGCGUCCACAUCAACCGCUGUGGAUGAUGCGAGCUCAUUUCAGCAAGGUGAUGCCCUCACAAGAGCUCCAGUAGACUCGAGCGCAACUCUCUCCGCCCCAACGCAAUUGCUCGUCCGGCUCAUCGACCAACAAGAAUUCGAAGCUGCCACAACAGUCUUACACGAGCUCCAAGCUCUCCGUUCACCACUCGACGAACCACUACCUAUCUUCUCGAGCGCGGCAUUGUGGGCCAUUCGUAACGGAAGGAAAAAGGACCUGCUCGCAUGGAUGCGCCUCUGCCCCGGAUACAUACCGGGAACCAAGUACCUCAACACCGCCUCUUCCACCAAGUAUACGCUGCAAAUCAGGUCCACAUCCACCAACUUGCGUAAAUGCUUCAUGGUGAUCCUGGACUCGCACGGCGACGAUCUGCGGCUGCUGCAACAAGCGAGCAUGAUCGCUGCUCAGAAGGGGCUGUGGGGCGUGCUGCAGUCUACGCUGGCUCAGAUCUUGCGCUUUGGAGUGGGGCGGUUAUCGGACUCGGAUCGUUCCAACCCGGACUUGGCGUGGCAGUACUUUCACCGCCUCGUGCUGGCGAACCAGAGUCAGAGGGGCUUGAAGGACGAAGGAAGACGACAGGCAAUCUUGUCGUCGACGCUCGAGUUGCGCGCGCUGUACAAUCUCGGCAUUCGCACAUUGGCGUUGGCGGGGCGUUUGGACGAUGCGGUGCACUGGGCGGCCAAAAGUGCAGAGAUAAAUAGCCCUCACAGUCCGCUUGUACAAAUUCUCAUGGUCGAGCCGUUCACCGAGAACUUGUUGACUGAAGAGCUCGUCAAGGCACGGGGCUCUUACAUCGACCAAGCUCGAUCCCUUGCUGACGAUUUGGCGAGCUCCGCAGCACGCUCAUCGAGGCACCGACCGACCAAUGUCGACGCUGUUGUUGCUCGUGUGGAGCGGGAAGCCGUGUUCAGAGCCGACGAGAUCGACUAUGCACGCAGAUCCAUGUCCGAGGUGGACAGCGCGAUCCAAUCCUGUCUCGAGCAGGGAGAUGUCAUGGCUGCAAGGGAGUACCUCCUCUCUGUGCUCCGCUCGGCAACGCGAGAACGAAGCGGAGAAAACGACGUCUAUGAUACCUCGCCCGCAUCCGAAGUGGACGACUCGAUCUUCAGCCACCUUCCCUCAGCUUGCAUCCUGUCUGAAAUGCAAGACAUGGCCCACAAGCUUGGCACCAUCGCCGUCACAUCGUCGCUCACCGAGACCGACAUGCACCACGCGCCGCCCGAGUCGCAAGCCCUAGACGCAAGCCUCACACAAGAAUCCUUGACGGCAGAAGACUUUCUCCGACCCAUCCGAGCUAGGCUGUUGUCCGUCCGCGGCGGUAAAGGACUGUGGGAGACAGCGAGGCUGUACGGCUUCGUCAAAAGGGGCAGGUGGCGUGAAGCUGCGCAGUUCUACGUUGGCAAGGCAGGGUUCAAAAUUCCUUCCGGAGGCAUCUCGAGCGAAUUAGUAGCGUUAGCGCUCGGGUCGCCGUCGACGGUUUCACAGGGAAGGCGCGAGGAUCUGGACAGAGCCCAAGGCUUGCGAGGCAAGCACUGGCCGUCGACGCACGCCAUCAAUCUCGUGCUCAAGGCGAUCACUGGUCUUUGUGUAGACGCAAAGGACUACGAUCGGCUCCGACAAGUCUAUAGCAUGUGGAAGGACGCUUCCCUUCCCAACAAGGCGUUUCCCUCCUCGACGGAAAGCACCGAGGAGACAGCGCCGUUAGUGUUCGAGCAGUGGCCGCCGUCUCAGCGACCGAGCAGCCACACGUUUGACCCCUUCCUCCGCGCCUUUGGCCGGCUCGACAUCGAAUCACCAUCCUCCAGUAGUGAUCAAGCCGCUGAUAAAGCCAAAGUGGAGAAACAGACUUGGGGAUCAAGCCAAGCGAUGAUGGACGUGAUCCGCGAUAUGACAGACCUCUUCCUCGUGCGGCCCAGCAUCAGCACGUGGACCAUCGCGCUCGACUGCCUUGCUCGCGAGGGCCGCGACCGGUGGGCCUCAACAACGUCUAUCCUCGCACGCGCUGUCGGCAUCAACACGUCCUCCCCGCUCUCCCCCCUUCCAGCCACGGCACCGGCGACGGUACAUAACACCUUCCCACCGGCCAAUCUGGCGACAUACACUGCGCUCAUGCGUGCACUCAUCCGCGUCUCACACAAGGACGGUGGCAGCAUGGUGGAUGAAGCUUGCGCCGUGCGCGAUGAUCUGCUGGUGAGGACGCUGGAUCUGGAUGUGGCGCUGAGGGGGUUGGUGCUGGCGGAGAAGGAGGAGAAGGAGGCAGACGUGUUUUGGAGCGACUUGUUGGGAAAGUGGCAAGCGCUGCAACAGGCGGUUUCGACUUCGAGAUCGGGUGAACGUGAUGGAAGGGAGCGCUGGGAUGCGGCGGAUAUGCUAAAGGCCAAUCAAGGCCGUACGAUCGAGGCGUUGCGAGAGGUAUGGUUGCUGGAGAGCAGCGCCGAGAGCGGCGAAGAGAUCAUAGAUGCGUAA